AUGGCAACUAAAAAAUUUGAUAGCUUCAACAGCUUAACAACUACCAAAUCCGAAUGGAGGGUUCCCUCAAGGGUUCUCAAUCUUUGGAGAGGUUAUCGAAAGACCGGGGAACCUUUCAAGGGAUUCAACCUCUUGCUGCUGGAUCACAAGCGCUCCCGUGUGCAUGCUUUCGUACCUUACAAUCUAGCUGACCAGUUUGAGGCUAUCAUUGAAAUUGGAAACUUAUAUCUUUUAACCAAUUUUACUGUGAAAGAGUACACCACGGAUGAUAAAUUUCGUUGCCUGCGUAAACAUGUCCAAAUUGUCUUUAACGAGGAAACUCAGCUGGAUAUUCUCCAUGAAAAUGUUGUUAACGUGGAAAACUGCUGUUUCGAUUUCUUUGAGAUCUCCGAGUUGCAUACUCUAUCAAAGCAAAACACAUACCUGACGGAUGUCGUUGGCAUAAUGGAGGAUCAUGAGCCUAUUAGAAAAAUCAAGAAUCGAAACGAUGUCAUACAAUCACAAUUUGUUUUCAAUAUCACUGAUGGGAGUUCAAGUGUCCGAGUGACAUUCUGGGAUGAUUUUGCAAAACACCUGGCUGAUAGUUUGAAACAAGCUACUGACUUCCCUGUGAUUCUUAUAAUUGGAUGUGCUAGGGUCACAACAUGGGGAGAGCAAGUUGUUGUGACCAAUGUUGGAGCAACAAAUUUCUACAUAAACUGCAAUCAUCGUAGUGUCGUGGAACUGCGUAAACUGUUGUUGGAAAAGAAAAUUACAAGCAAGAGUUUGUCCACAGAAAACAGAUCUGCGGUACAAUUUUACAAACUGGAAAGUAUACCAAGGCUUGGACCUGAUCAUGUUGAGAGGCAAAUCUUUUGUAAGGUGAAAAUAACAAAUUUCCAAGAGAACAAGAUUUGGUUCAAAACAGUCUGCACUUCAUGCUAUGCAACAACUGUUAAACUAAAUUCUGAAGACACAUGCCAGGGCUGUCAAAGGGUUGUUCAGUACCCUGAUAAGCAGUUUCAGUUGGUUGCAAUGGCUUUUGAUGAUACUGGGUACAUCCUAAUAAUCAUGGAAGAUAGAGAAGUCAAGAAAUUAGUUGGGAAAUCAGUCUUUCAGAUUGGGGAAGAGGGUACCAAAGAUGAAGAAUUUCCUCCUAUUCUGAACAAUAUACUAGGAAAAGUCUACACACUGAAGAUCAGAAUCAACAGUGAGAAUGUUCUUAAAAAAUCAAACUACUAUCUGGUUACUGAUAUCAUGGAAGGACUUUACCUAGAAGGUAAUCAACAACAGUAG